AUGAUGUUUUUAGUAGUCUCAGGAGCAACAAAUUCGGUAAUAAAAUCUUCCAUGUUUUCCAAUCCACCUAAAAUGAGUGGACGAUUUGUGCACACUAUAGGUUCGUCUGGCCAGACAAUAAAAGAAAAACUUACUGUGCCUCUGUCUUGCACAACAUCAGACGGCAAGACACUCAAACAUUCAUUUUUGCUUUCAAACUUAUGCCCAGUUAAUUUAUUAGGAAGAGAUCUCAUGUGUAGUUUAGGUAUUUCACUGAUUUCCACUCCGGAGGGAGUGCAGGUCACAACCACAGACAAUGUGAAUAAUUAUUCCUUUGUUUGUGUUAAUUUCAGCUCAGAGCCGCUGCUCUACUCUUAUCAGUGGCUACUGAAGGGAGAGGCUGUAACUGAGGCCCUCAUACAGGCUGCUCGACAGCUUGUUUCCUCACAGAAUACGACCUUUAGAGACGCAUCUGACCUGUCUUGUACAGCACAUGUGUCCACUGGUCCUGAUGAGGAGUUUGAAAAAUCAUGGUUACGCACACAUGCGGACAAACUGACCUCAACCUCUCUAUUCUGGGAUGAACAUAGGUCUGCGCUUGCGAUUUCUCUCACUAACGAACAAGAGAGAUUUGUUGAUGCUUAUUCUACAGAUCCACAUGUCCUUCUGUCAAAACAUGACGGAGACAGAUGGCAGGACUUGGGUCCUUUCGUGGACAGAUGUCAACGGGAAGGAGACUGGCAAACGACUUCCGACCCGAAUGUGAUGUAUUCACCUACUUUGCAUGCUUACAAAAAACUUUUUCAGUCUAACUUUCAUGCGCAGCGUACAGUGCACUUGGUACCUCAACAUUCCACACACACUCCACACCACGUGUUUUUGUCAGAGGACGCUCUGACGCAGUAUCCAGCCUUACAGGAAGUUCCAGCUUCCCUGUGGGCCACACACAAAUAUGAUGUAGGUUUGAUCAAAGGAUGUGACCCAGUGGUCAUCACGCCGAAAUCUGACUACAGACCAUGCAAACAGCAAUACCCUUUAAAGAGAGAAGCAAUUGAAGGAAUAACACCGGUGUUUAACUCUCUUUUGAAAGCAGGAGUCGUUGUCCCAUGUGACAACUCUCCAGUGAGGACUCCACUCUUCCCAGUUAAGAAAAUCAGAGACAAAGGACAGCCAACAGAAUGGAGGUUUGUCCAGGAUCUGCAAGCAGUAAAUGCGGCGGUCCAACCACGCGCGCCUACGCGUGCCCAUCCACAAAGACAGUCAAUUCUGGUUUGCUUUUGAAUUCAACGGAAAGUCAUACACUUUUACCAGACUGUGCCAGGGGUAUUCAGAAAGCCCUACAAUCUACAAUAUGGCACUGAAAGAAAGCCUGGAUGAUCUUGUCUUGUCCCCAGGCACCGCCCUGCUGCAGUACGUUGACGACUUGAUGAUCUGCACUGAGGAUCAGGAAACUUGCAAAGCAGAUACGAUCAAGCUGCUGAAACACCUGCAUGGUGCAGGACACAAAGCAAGUCUGUCUAAAUUACAGUUUGUUCAGACUGAAGUUACCUUCCUAGGUCACAUCAUCACCGCUGAAGGGAAAUCCAUUUCACCUAAAAGAGCUGAAGCUAUUCAGAACCUGCCUAAACCGUGCACAUACAAACAGCUUAUGUCCUUUUUAGGCAUGUGCUCUUAUUGCAGGAAUUUCAUUCCUAACUGCGCCGUCUUGGAGGCUCCGCUUAGAGCUCUGAUGCAGACGUCUUCUGCAUCCACCACCCGCCUCAUGUGGACAUCUGAGGCGGAACAGGCGUUCACAGACCUCAAACUUGCUCUUCAGUCUGCUCCUACUUUGGGUCUGCCUGACCCUACGCGACCUUUCACCCAAACAGUGGAUGAGAAAUCAGGUUGUAUGACCUCUGUCCUUCUACAGGAUCACGGAGGGCGUCCACGCCCUGUAGCCUAUUUCUCUGCUAAGCUUGACCCAGUCGCUGCGGGGCUCCCACGAUGCCUCCGAGCAGUGGCUGCGGCAGAGAAAGCCGUGCUGGCAUCACGUGACAUUGUUGGCUAUUCUGAUGUCACCCUGCUGGUUCCUCAUGCCGUGUCUUUGAUCCUUUUGGAACAAAAAACAUCGCAUCUUUCUACAGCCCGAUGGCUUAGAUACAACACCAUCCUACUGGAAAUGCCAAACAUCACUGUCAAAAGGUGCAAUGUGCUUAACCCAGCCACUUUGUUUCCAGGCCCUGACGAUGGCGAGCCUCACAACUGUGUUUCGGUCUUGAACCAGGUUUGCACUCCGCGCCCAGAUCUAUCGGAGGUGCCAAUUCCUAACUGUGACCUCGUUCUCUUUGUUGAUGGCUCCGCCUCUAGAGACCCUGCUUCGGGCCACUGUCAGGUUGGAUAUGCAGUCUGCACCUCUCAUACUGUUUUACAGUCUGGCGCUUUGCCAGGACAUUACUCUGCUCAGGCUGCGGAGUUGAUCGCACUGACCGAAGCCUGUAAAUUGGCUGAAGGGAAGUCUGCUACUAUCUACACAGACUCCAGAUACGCUUUUGGCGUCACACAUGACUUUGGUGCUCUGUGGAAACACAGAAAGUUUUUGAAAUCUGAUGGCAAACCUAUCUUGCAUCAUGAUAAGGUUGCUGAUCUGCUCGACGCAAUUCUGUUACCAGCUGCAAUUGCUGUAUGUAAGUGCCCUGCACACACUGGGGGCACUGAUCCCAUCUCUGCUGGAAACGCACGCGCUGAUGCUGCUGCGAAGGCAGCUGCCCGACUUCCCCUUCCCUUUGCUCCCUGCCUCUUAUCCUCCACCUCUACCCAACCUCCCUCUCCUCCCUCUGCUCUCCCGGAUCUUCAGACGUUCUCUACCCCACAGGAACGCAAGCUCUGGCUGACGAAUGGCGCCAUCAGUAGCCAUGGCGUUUGGUAUGGGCCCGACGGCAAACCUUGCCUGCCUAAACACUUUUUCCCUCAUUUCGCGAAGUUGACACAUGGACUAGACCAUGUAUCAAAGGGGGGAAUGUUAGAUGCUCUCACAAAACAUUGGUACACUAAGGGAUUUUCAAUCUAUGUGCAAAAAUACUGUGAAGCAUGUAUGACAUGCGCCCAACACAACCCAGGUAAGACGACUGCCAAACCACUGGCAGCUCACCCACCACCGGAACAGGCAUUCGACCAUUUAAUGCUGGACUUCAUCGAACUAACGCCAGCAGAAGGUAAAAAGUAUUGUUUAGUGAUUGUUGAUAUGUGGUCAAAAUGGGUGGAGGCCUUCCCAGCUAAACAUGCUAACAGCCAUGCAGUUACCAAAGCCUUGCUGACAGAAAUAAUUCCCAGAUGGGGGAUUCCAUCUAAAAUCAGCAGUGACAACGGCUCACACUUUGCAAACCAAGCCCUCGAGGAAGUGGGAAAGUUUCUGAACAUUGACAUCAGAAAGCACUGCUCUUACCACCCUCAAAGCGGAGGGGCGGUAGAGAGAGAGAAUGGCACUUUGAAAAACAAACUGGCUAAAUGCUGCUCAGAGACUGGUCUCAAGUGGACUUAGGCUCUUCCCAUUGUGCUCUCAUACAUGAGAAUGAGGAGAAGGAUGAGAACAAACCUCAGCCCGUAUGAGAUUCUAUUUGGUAGACCUCCUAUGAUGGGACUCCACCCUGAGACCGAGACUAGGAUUUUACCACCUACUGAAAUGUGCGAAGACGCAAUGCUACAGUACUGUAAGAACUUAUCCUCUGUUCUGUCCCAAAUCUCUAAACAGGUGAAAGCGGCUCUGCCCAAACAGGCGACAGAACCACUGCACAUCAUUCAACCAGGAGACUGGGUGAUCAUUAAGGAGCUUCGCAGGAAGCACUGGAACUCAAAGCGGUGGCAAGGUCCCUUCCAAGUCCUUCAGACGACCAACACGGCUGUGAAGAUCGCAGAAAGAGUGACUUGGAUCCAUUCCAGCCACUGCAGGAAGGUCCCGGAUCCAACAGACGACCCUCCAUCUCCAUCUACACCACACGAGAAAACCACCACCGACGAAAAGAAUUGAGAAGGACGACCCUCGCUGUGCUCACACACGCACUGAGGCGAGGCUGCGUUGACCGUUCAGCUAAAGGUGUGAGCCAAGCGCCGCCUGAAGCUGCGCCGGUGAAUCACACUAUCAGACCAUACAUCUACACACACGCUCCUGAGAAAACACACACACAAGCAGCCUUGAGUUGCCAACGCUGGACGACGUGUAGACUCUUCACAUCACGGGGAGUGACAGUGACUCAGACGACAUUGGGAGGAAACCUGGAGGUGAUAACAAAUCCCAGGUGUCUCUGUGAUCAGCUGAUCACAACCUGAAGAACCCCAACGAACUGUCAAGGUGUCAACAAACAGGUUGGGAACAAUCUAACGCUACUAUUCAACAGGAAGAAGAAGACACUGAUUGUGACCCUGUUGCUUUGAUCCUUAUUGUAUGUUACUUUAAUAUUUGCUCUAAAUUGUGUGGUUGAUUUACAUGUAUACCUCUCUGUGAUUUCAUCCACUAUUCUUAAACAAAGCAUUUUAUGCUUCCACUUGAUUCACACUUACACUCAAAUUUUUAUCUUCCACUGACACAAAAUGACAUUUACCAGACGAAACACGAUAAAAAUGAUUGUCAUAUCAACCAUUGCGGUGACAUGUGUGACCCUCCCGUACUUCUGGAGAACUCGCACAUUUGUUCACUAUAGAUCCAAACGCAACAUUAAGGACCCUAAAGCCUGGCAGCUUGCCCAAAACUACGUAAAUCAGAACCCCACAGGGAACUUAUGGUUAGCGUACCUCAAGUACACUUCUAAAACCCUCACAAACAAUUCAUGUGUAGCAUGUGCUGUCGCCAGACCCGAUCUCAUGGCUGUGCCCACUCCCUUUAACAGCAGUGAGUGUUACAACGAGCGACAACUGCACAAUAAAGACACCGGGUGUAGAUACACUGCGGACCCCAGCAUUCCAAGAUGUGAUCCGUCUUGCAAAAUGCGCGCCUUGCACAUUCUGGGCAAGGGUAUGGAGAUGUACAGUCCCGUCACACAUAAGAAAGUUAAGGUGGCCGACAUCAAGGUAACGAAAAAGGAGCCCGCGGCUCCCUUGUAUUACACGGUGUGUACCACGUGUGAGUUUGAAUGCUUCACCUCCAGCCUCGACGGAGGAAUAGAUGUACUGUAGGCCACUUUCCCAAUUGUCACCUGACGUGGGACGUCUCCAACGCACACGGACUUAACCCUGAAGACCAUGUGAUCCGGUUUGCGAUUCCAACUCACACCGGUGCUGCCCCUUUACCCUCAUAUACAUAUAGGAUCAAUAAUGUCUCACACGUUGCCCCAUCCUCCACCGACUUAGUCCAGCAAAGGAAGCCCUUGUCCGACAUGUGGUGGCUCUGUGGGGAUCACCCCAGGGCCACCUUACCAACCAAUUGGACCGGCACCUGUACUCAGGUAGUGUUCCUCACAGGGGGAAUACACCUUUUGCCCUCAGCUCCACAGAAACACUCACGCACCAGACGCAGUGCUCCAGGAGGUUCCUUGGAUCCUGACCUUUACAUGGAUGCAAUAGGCGUACCACGAGGAGUGCCGGAGGAGUUUAAGGCUCGCAACGAGCAUGCGGCAGGGUGGACGAGUGCUAUACCCUUUAUGGGCCCCAUAAUAGAGGUUAACAAGAAUUCGGCCUGGAUCAACUACCUUUAUUACAAUCAACAGCGUUUCAUCAACAAAACUGCGGGCGGUAUGAGAGGCAUGUCUGGGCAGCUGGCUCCCACGUCUCAGAUGACUUGGCAGAAUAGAAUGGCCCUGGACAUGUUGCUAGCGGAGAAAGGAGGUGUCUGCGUUAUGUUUGGAGAAGCGUGCUGUACUUUUAUCCCCAACAACACUGAUUCUAAUGGUACUGUGACAAAGGCUAUUGAGGGCCUUGAGAGUCUUAGAGACGAAUGGGCUAGAAACUCCGGCGUAGAUCCGUCCCCUUGGCGCUGGCUAGACCAAACUUUUGGAAAAUGGAAAUCAGUUUUUAUAUCGGCAAUAGUCUCGCUUAUCAUCUUCAUGGCCGUGAUCAUGUUGCUUGGUUGUUGUGUUAUUCCUCUAAUUAGGGGUCUCAUCAUGCGCGCGAUAUCAGCGGCGCUUUCGUACCAAAUGACACAAUGCACUACAUUCAGGAAUCCAGAUACCGAUUCACUCAUUGGUUCUGAUGCUGACUCUGUAGAGGAUGAUGUUGACGUUGAUAACGAGGACCACAAAGAUGACUCCGAUGAUGAUGGUAGUGACACGGAGACUGACGCCACAAUAGUUUAAAUCAACAUAUAACCCUCUUCCUAUUUUUGCUUGACUGAACGUGAUCUGAUUGAUUAUAGGCUUAUGUCCCUGUCUUUCCAAAGCUCAUACACAAGGGUUAUUCUAGUAUAACUACCCACAAAAACAGCUCACAAGCUUUUUAUCCCUACGCCAUUUACAUUUUUAUAAACAAUACAUUUAACGAAUCAUUUUUAAAGAAUGCUUUAUUACUACAAAAUGAAUGCCACGAUUGACAAUUUUUAUUCUUUUAAUGUUUGAUUAAUGUGUAAUCAAAAGGGGGGAAAUGUAAUGGAAAAAUUGUACUUUAAUGCUUUUGUAUUCAUUUCUGACUCUGCAUAGUGACCAUGCAUUCUGUACUUGUUGAUUAGAUCCAGAACUGAACAUUCUCAGACAGACAAUCUAUCUCCCUCUCAAGGUGACCGAUUGUUCAUGGCCUGAGUCUGCCUUUUAACCCUGGGCUCUGGCUCCUUUCUGUCUGAUGCCUCACCAGACCCAAGGCUGUAGCCUUGUUUAUUCCAUGUGUAAUAUGAACAUCUUCACCCACAGUGUGAUAAGGAGAUUCCACCAGGUCCAGGGAAAAAGGUUAAAAGGCAGAAGCAACUUGAGGAUCGUGGGCUCUUUGCAUUAUACCUCCGUGGUGUGUGUGCACUGAUCUCCCCAGCUGGUUUUCUUUUCUUUUUGAUUUGCUUUCCCCAUUAUUUUUAUUUUCUUUAUUAUUUCAAUAAAUCGCACAAAAAGGACAA